ACACACGCCACAUUGGGAGUGAGCGCGUUCAGUUUGUUGUUGAUGAGGCCUAGUUAUACCUUGCCAUGAAAAUGGAAUUCGAGGAUAUCCUACUGUGACCGCUUUUGCUGGGUGGGUGUCGCGGAAGAAGACAUCCGAGGGGGGGAGGACACAUGAACACGGAGAGAACAUGCAAACUCCACACAGAGAGGACCCAGACCAGGACUCAAGACCCAGAACCUCGUUCUCUCAAGGCAACAGUGCUGACCACUACACCGCCAUGCCAAAAAAGAAGAAAAGUGAUGUUCCCGCCCGGUUUCGAACCGAGGACCUUUCGCGUGUUAGGCGAACGUGAUAACCACUACACUACGGGAACUGAUCUGAGGGUGCCGGGAUGUCUGUUGGCAUUUGACUACAGGGAAAAACAAUAUUUCAGAUUAAGCCCAAUGAACGGAGCGGCAUUCCCUUCUCCCACCUCAGAGAUGGCGGAAAUCAACCGCAUCCACUACGAGAUCGAGUACACCGAGGGCAUCAGCCAGCGCAUGCGCAUCCCCGAGAAGCUGCAGGUGGCGCCCUCCGCCUUCGAGGACCCGGAGGGCGGGGCCCAGGACCCCCUGUACAGCGUCCCGAUGCACGUUCCCGAGCGCAUCGUGGUGGCAGGGGACAGUGAGUCCUCGCAGUACCCCCGGCCCCGGGACCUGGACCUGAUCCAGUCCACACCGCUGGAGUCCCUGGCGCUGAAGACCCCGCCCCGGGUCCUCACCCUGAACGACCGGCCGCUCGACUUCAUGGAGAUGGAGCGCUCUGCAGGCCCUGGGCAGCCUGUUGAAGAGGCGCGCUCGCAGACGCGGUCGCGGCGGGAACGUUCCGCCAGCGAGAACGCCCUGGUGCGUCAGAACGGCCAGCUGCCCCGGAUCGACUCCACCGUGACCCCGCCCCCCCCGCGCGCCUGCCCCCCCCUCACUGCGCCCGAGGAUGGAGUGAGCCUGUACAGUGCCCGCGGCGUGCUGUCCCUGAUCCAGUCCACCACCCGCCGCGCCUACCAGCAGGUCCUGGAGGUGCUGGACGACAACCAGCGCAGCAGCCCAAGUUUGAGAGGGGGAUCAGUGUCCACCUCCAACCCCCUCCACGAUUCCAGACUUGGCCUCUCCACGCUGGAAGCGGCGAUGGAAGGGACGCCGGAGGAGAUGGCCGUGGUUGACGCGGCAACGCUACGGCGACAGAUCAUCAAGCUGAAUCGACGGCUGCAGCUGCUGGAGGAGGAGAACAAGGAGCGCACCAAGCGGGAGAUGAUCAUGUACUCCAUCACCGUGGCCUUCUGGCUCGUCAACAGCUGGAUCUGGUUCCGCCGUUAGGGCCCGACCCCCCCCCCUGAUGGGGGCCCAACGCCAGGCCCAGCCCAGCCCAGCCCAGCCCAGCCCGGCCCCUGGGGGGGGAGGGGGGGGGGGGUCCGCCACACCGCUCGAUUCUGUGUCAAAACCUUCGCCAAAAACGUCUGCCUGCACUCAGCUCUCAGCUCCUGCAGGGGGCCGUCCUUGUUGCACUACGUACCGCGGCGCUGCUCAACCCUGUUCCCGGAGGCCUACUGUCCUGCAGGUUUUCGCUCCAACCCUAAUUCGGCGCACCUGAUUCUACUAAUUAUAGCUGCUCAACAAGGUCUCUAGCUGUUGAGUGAGGUGUGGCUUUUGUUAGGGUUGGAGUGAAAACCUACAGGACAGUAGACCUCCAGGAACACGGUUGGGCAGCCCUGACGUACAGCAAGAACUACUGGGCAAGGGGAUCCUUCUUCUCUUUUUACUGUAUGCAGUACUUGUAUAGCUUUAUUUUAUUUUUUUUUAUUUUUUACUUUCACUUUUUUUUAUUAUUAUUAUGAUAAUCUUUCUGAGGUUGAUCGGAUCAUCCAGUGCAUGAUUUUGGUUGUAAAUACUUGUUUGAUUCCUAGCACAAGGUUUUAGUAGUUCAGUGGUGUUAAGCAUUGAGGUGUUUUACCUGUGUGAAGGAGAGCCGGAGCAAAGAUUUGAAGAAGCAAUCAUGAACAACUGGGUGGCUGUAUUUGUGUCAAUACUUGAAGGUGUGUUUAAAAUAUUGUAAAAAUGUGAUAAUAUUCUCAUUUUAUGGGACCCACAAGUCAUUAUCCAUUGUUUGUUCACUUGUUUAACUGAAUUAUGAUUUAAAUAUAUGUGUAAUAUAUUGCAUCUCAAUAUGUAAAGUAAAUUAGUAUAUUGCAUUCCAGUAUGCAAAACAAACCAUACAAUUGCAUACUUGUUAAGUACUUUCCAGUUUUAAGUUCGACUCUUUUCAGGGGCUGGGGGGUGAAAAGUGGGAAAAGUUUAAUUGCCCUUGUGUUUGUGUGACCAGUUGUAAUUAUAAUGUUUUGUUUUGUUUUUUUUCUUUUUGCAUCUAUGUGUAUCAUGACAAACAGAGAAAAAUGUACACAUUUUAUUUAAAUAAAUAGCAGCAAUAGGUGAAA